CUUUAGAACUCUCUAUUCAAAUUCAGUACCGCUUGCCACGACGAAAUGUUUGACAAGUUCGUCUUAACUACAGUCUCUUUCUCAUCGUCGAUGUGCUUGUUUUAAUGCCUCCAACUUCGAGAAAUCAACGUGCAAAUAAAAAGGUACAAAGAACUCCUUAUGAAAGACAUGGGUCGGGUAAUAACCGUCCCUAUUUUUCGGCUUUGAAGGCCACAUUUGCCUCAAUUUUACGACCAUUCACCUCGAGCUGGUCUAGCAAUGCUGAAGCCGAAACGUCUAAUAAUAAGAGAGCUUCGAGAAGUCUUUUGGAUCCCGAAUUGAAUCCCCAUUAUUUGGGACGAACUCCUCAUAUCGUACGCAUAAACAACCGUAGUCAUAUUCGCACACUUGAUGGAGUCGAAGGAAAGUCAAGCGAAAGUGAUUUACCAUUAAAACAAAAUACCCAAAUUGCUGUAGAAAACAAAUAUCCCGUUCGUAGAGACAGCAAACAAUUAGAUUUUCAGCCCUUAAAGCAGCAUCAGUUUGCUUCUGAACGUAAACUACACCCCCCACCAUUAACUUCUUCUUCUGCGGCCUUGCUUGAUAUUUUGCGCUCCAUUCGAACAAACCCUGGUGCUGGAGAUCUUUCGCGCUCAAUCGAUCCAUCCCAAAAGUCCACAGGUCAUCGAAGCGAACAGAAAAUUCCUUCUCGUCGUAAUGAGCGUCGUUCUUCUUCUUCCAAGAGAGAACGUCCACAGAGCCCGGAUUCAGAAUUUACAAAUUUUGAUGCCGAUAAAAAUGAUGACCAAAUAAGACCUAGCUAUUCUUCAACUGAACAACCUUCAUCAACUCGCGAGAUGGAUCAGCCUAAAGGCGUCGGUCGUACUGAACCAUACCCCAAGAAAACAAAAAGGGAGGAGCCGAAUGGAAAGUCUCUUAAAGAGUUGAGGAAAGAAAAAUUACGUCAAGAGCUAAUUCCUAUUGUUUACGAAACUCUUGAACGCAUCGAUUUAAAGAAACAAAAACAAGUUAACGUCGAGGUCCAGACUGAAGAGCAACCUGGUAAUCCAAAUUCCGUAAAUAAACAGGAUUUCGUUUCUCAGUAUGAAUAUUCCGCUCCUUCAGGCAGUAACAAGAGACGCGUGAGAGCUGCCUUUUCAGCUCUGGAUGAGGAUUUAGACGAGCUUUUUGACAAGGACGAAGACAGUGCAUUAUCCGUUUCUACCUCUCAUUCAACGAAAAAGCAUGAACCUUUUAUUGCAGGUUCUGAUAAGAAGCCUCCUAAGACUUUGCUUCCUCGAUCAGGCCCUACUUUCGAACAACUUCAAUCUUCGUUGUCACCAAAACGAACACAGCCUACUUUACAGGAAUCAGCUAUAGCUUUACCGACUGAUAUUCCCGGAACCUCCGAGAAGGAUACUAAUACACCUAAGACAUCUGACUCUGCUACACAAAUUUCAUCUAAACGAGAAGGAUCCCAACCCGCUGACGCUUUAAAAAGAUUUGCUAUAAUGUCAGAAAAGAAUGAUACCGCUAAACUUCCAGAGAGUUCGUCCGGUAAUAUACCAAAAUUUGAGUUUAAACCAGUUACUAAAAAUGCUGAAGAUGAAAAUAAAGAUAAAGACAACGAUGGACAAAAUAAAUCUGCAGGAUUUUCUUUUGGUAACUUGUCUGAUAGCUCCAACAAGACGUUUGGUCAAACUACCCUCCCAGCCGAAAAACCUUCGGUUCCCCAAAAACCUUUCACUUUCGGACAACCAGCUGAGAAGGAUUCAUCUCAACAAACUGUUGAGGCCCCAAAGCUUUCCUUUAAUUUUAAAGCAGCUCAAACUGACGAAAGCAAGCAGGCUCCCGCUCCCUCGUUUAACUUCGGCCAGAAGUCUGAGGAAAAAGAACCAAAAGAAGAUAACAAAGCUUCAUUCAGUUUUGGCCUUCCUUCUCAGCAACAGCUACCUAAGUCUGCCACACCGUCUUUUACGUUCGGUGAGGCAAGUGGAAAUAAGUCGGCAGAAAGCUCUUCUAAAUCUCCAUUUAGUUUUGGCCAGCUUCCAUCUAGUAAGAAGACAGAUGAAUUACAAGAUAAACUUGCUGAUUCCACAUCGGUUGGCAAAAAAGACUCUGACGUUCCCAAGUUAAAUUUCACUUUCGGGCAACAGUCUGAGAAGAAGGAACCCUCUAAUCCAAAACCUGCAUUUUCUUUUGGUCAAUCAGGUACGGCAGCCUCCUUGCAAUCGCCUGAAUUUAGUUUUAAUAAACCAAGUACAGACCAAAAAGAUGCUGGUAGUACAAGUGGACCUUUUGCGAACGCUGCCCCUGCAAUGAAAACAGAAACUCCGAAAUUUAGUUUCGGACAAACAGCUGUACAAAACAAUACUCGUCCAAAGAAUGGAGAAGAAAAGAAUGAGCAAGUACCAAAACCGGCAUUUUCAUUUGGACAAAGUCUUAAGACAGAUGAAAAGAGUGAAACGGCAAAACCUUCUUUCAGUUUUGGAACGUCUUCUUCGAAGGAUGAAAACAAAGAAUCAACUGUUCCCACGACCGAUACGAAUACUAUGAAACCUGCGUUUAGUUUUGGUCAAUCAGGGGGCUUAACAACAUCAACUGCAAAUAAAGCUGCGUUUAGUUUUGGAGGCCCCCAGAAGAAGGAUGACGCUACUGAAAAUGAAAAGCCUUCUACCUCUAUAUUUUCAUUUUCCAAGCCAUCUGAAGAUGCAAAGGAUAAUGCUAAUCUAUCUAACAAAACUGCUUCAGAAGCAAAGCCAGCUACUCCCAUAUUUUCUUUUGGUUCUAAUACAACUCCGAGUGCCUUAAAUCCUACUGAGAAACAGUCUCCUUUUUCCACUGGCAUUCCCGGUUCUACUACGAACACUUUGGCAAUAAACAAAGAAAACACGGGUCCUUUUGGCAAAACAGAACCUAAUGAACAAGAGAAGACUAAACCCUUUAUUCCUGUAUCUACUGAAAAGCCUUUCUCAUUUUCCAAAACAGAAGAACCUCAAGAGAAACAGACGACUGCUCCACCAGCUACCCCGUUUACGUUUGGUUCUGUUGCCAAUCCCCCUACUAGUGCCUUUGGUUCAGGCCCAUCUAACACGGCCAUUGGCGAUAAUGGAGGUCUUCAAAGUUCUGCAUUCUCUUUUAAUAACAAUAACAGUGGUAGUGCACCAGGAUUUGGAAUGUCGAAUACAGCAAGUACAAAACCACCUAAGACUAGUAACACCUCGGCGCCGUCCGCUUUUGGAAGUAGUUUAUCGCAACCCAACACUCAACCCGCUGGGGCUUUUGGGUCAACUGCAUUUGGAAAUUUAAAUUCCCCAUUCGCUUCCCAGCCAAAUACAGAUUCUAAUGGUCCAAAUCCAGGAAGCGGUUUCGGUAACGUAACUCAAGCCCCUUCAACAGGCUUUACAUUCGGAGCCUCUGGUAACACUAUUCCUUCUGCUUUCGGGGCAGCUAAGCCUAGUGGAUUUAACACCAAUAUCGGUAACACGACACCGUCUUUCAAUUUUGGUUCGCCUCAGCCCUCCAAUCCACCCAACGCAGGAUUCUCGUUUGGUGGAACCGGCACGCCUGCGUUCAGUGCUGGUUCCAGUGCUGCACAGUCUCCAGCUCCUCAACCUCAAGGCGGUAUACAGUUUAAUUUGGGAUCUACUAAUGAACAACCUAACCCUCCGGCUGGACGAAAGAUUGCAGUUCCUCGAAGCAGAAGAAAACGCUAGAAUGAAAUUUUAUAAGUUAAUUGAAUGACAUGGGUAUUUAGGAUAGAGAAAUAAAGCUAUAGAAGUUUAUUUACAG